AUGCCAGCUUCUUCUUCUUCUUCUUCUUCUUCUUCUUCUUCUUCUUCUUCUUCUUCUUCUUCUUCUUCUUCUCCUCCUCCUCCUCCUCCUCCUCCUCCUCCUCCUCCUCCUCCUCAUCCUCCUCCUCCUCCUUUUCUUUUUCUUCUUUUAAUUGGGACUGACACAAUCGUGGACUUAUUAACCAAUCUGCGUGAGCGCAUACCCCUUCCGCUAUCUAUCUAUCUAUCUAUCUAUCUAUCUAUCUAUCUCUCUCUCUCUCUCUAUAUAUAUAUAUAUAUAGCCUCUUUAUUUCUUUUUCUCUCUCUCUAUCUGUCUGUCUUUCUGUCUAUCUAUCUUAGCAUCUAUCUUUUUCUCUAUCUCAGAAUCUCAGCUUGUUUCUUUCUUUCUAUCAGAAUAUAUAUAUAUAUAUAUAUAUCUAUCUAUCAGCCUUUUCUUUCUUUAAAUCAUCUCAUCCUCCUUUUAUUUCUCUACCUAUCUCAAACAUUUCUUUUUUUCUCUAUCUCAGCUUGUUUCUUUCUUUCUAUCACUCUAUCUCAGCCUCUUUCUCUCUCUCUCUCUCUCUAUAUAUAUAUAUAUAUAUAUAUAUAUGGCUAUCUAUCUCAGCCUCUUUCUUUCUUUAUCUAUCUCAUCCUCCUUUUUUAUUUCUCUAUCUCAGCUUGUUUCUUUCUUUCUAUCACUCUAUCUCGGCCUCUUUCUCUCUCUCUCUCUCUCUCUCUCUAUAUAUAUAUAUAUAUAUAUAUAUAUAUGGCUAUCUAUCUCAGCCUCUUUCUUUCUUUAUCUAUCUCAUCCUCCUUUUUUAUUUCUCUUCUCAGCUUGUUUCUUUUUUUCUCUAUCUCAGCUUGUUUCUUUCUUUCUAUCACUCAGCUCUCUUUCUUUCUCUUUUUCUCUCUCUCUCUCUCUAUCUAUAUAUAUAUAUAUAUAUGGCUAUCUAUCUGUCUUUCUUUCUUUUUAUCUAUCCUCAUCCUCCUUUUUUUUUUUAUUUUUUCUCUAUCUCAGCUUGUUUCUUUCUUUCUAUCACUCUAUCUCAGCCUCUUUCUCUCUCUCUCUCUCUGUCUGUCUGUCUGUCUCAGCCUUUUUCUUUCUUUAUCUAUCUCAGCCUCUUUCUUUCUCUAUCUAUCUCAGCUUGUUUCUUUCUUUUUAUCACUCUAUCUUGACCACUUUCACUCUCUCUCUUUCUCUCUAUCUAUCUAUCUAUCUAUCUAUCUCAGCCCUUUUAUUGCUUUAUCAAUCUCAGCCUCUUUCUUUCUCUAUCUCAGCUUGUUUUUUUUUCUAUCUCAGCUCUCUAUCACUCUUUCUAUCACUCUAUCUCAAUCUCUUUCUUUCUCCUGCUCUCUCUCUCUCUGUCUCUCUGUCUGUCUGUCUCAGCCUCUUUCUUUACCUACCUCAGUCUCUUUCUUCAUUUCUCUAUCUAUCUCAGCUUGUUUCUUUUUAUCACUCUAUCUCGGCCAUUUUCUCUCUCUUUAUCUGUCUCUCUAUCUAUCUCAUCCUCUUUCUUUCUUCCUCUCUCUCUCUCUCUCUCUAGCUGUUUCUUGUUUCUUCUUUUCCUCUCACUUUUUUUCUCUCUCUAUCUGGCCUCUGUCUGUCUUUCUUUCUCUCUAUCUAUCUCAGCCUCUUUCUUUAUUUCUUUAUCUCAUCAUCUCUUUUUUUCUCUAUCUCAGUCUUUUUUCUUUUUCUUUCUGUCUCACCUUUUUCUUUCUCUUCUUUCUAUCUCUCUCUCUCUCUAUCUCUUUUCUCUUUGUCUCUCUAUUAGUCUCUUUUUUUAUUAUCUUUUUUCUUUUCUUUUCUCUGUUUUACCUAUCUGUCUGUCUCUCUCAGACACUUUUCUUUCUUUCUUUCUUUCUCAGCCUCUUUUUUUUCUUUUCUUUUCUCUCUCUCUAUCUUCUCUGUCUUUCCUUUUCUUUCUUUUUCUUUCUUUCCAUCAGCUUCUUUCUUUUUUUUAUCUAUCUAUCUAUCUAUCUAUCUAUCUAUAUACUAUUUUUCUUUUUUUAUCUGUCUCAGCAUUUUUGUUUCUUUAAAUCUCCCUAUCUCAGCAUUUUCUUUCUGGUUUUAUGUCUAUAUCUAUCUAUCAGAGUCCUUUCUUUAUCUAUCUCUCUAUCUCAGCCUUUUUUUUCUUUCUCUCACUACCUAUCCAUCUCUCUGUCUCUUUUUUUUUUUUUCUUUCAUUCUCAGCUCUUUAUCAUCCUUUUUAUCUAUCUGUAUCUAUCAUCUAUCUUUUCUGUUUCUUCUAUCUAUCUCUUUUUAUCUAUCUCAUUUCUCUCUUUUUUAACUUUUCUCUCUCUUUCUUCUUUUCCUUUUUUUCAUCAAUCUAUCUCAGCUUCUCAGUUGUCCUUUCUUCAUCUCUCUCUCUAUAUUUUUCUUUCCUUUCUAUUCCUUUAUCUGAGCUGGUUAUUAUCAAUCAGUUUUGUUCUUUUUUUAUCUAUCUAUCUAUCUAUCUUUUCUGUUUCUAUCUAUCUAUAUUCUUUUCUAUCUAUCUAUCAAAUUCUUGUUUUUCUAUCUUUCUUUCUAUCUUCUCUACCUAUCAAAUUCUAUCUAUCUUAUUCUGUUUCCAUUUCUAUCUACCUAUCAAAUUCUGUUUAUAUCUAUCUUAUUCUGUUUCUAUCUUAUCUACCUAUCUCAAAUUCUGUUUAUAUCUAUCUUAUCUUUCUAUCUGUUUCUAUUUAUUUUGUUUCUAUCUAUCUAUCAAAUUCUGUUUUGUAUCUAUCUAUCUUAUUCUGUUUCUAUCUUUCUAUCUAUCUAUCAAAAUUCUGUUUAUAUCUAUCUAUCUUAUUCUUUUUCUUUCUCUAUCUAUCAUUAUUCUUUAUCUAUCUCUCUAUCUUCUGUAUCAUUAUUUCUAUCUAUCUAUCUAUCUUAUCUAUUUCUUUAUUAUUCUGUUUCUAUCUAUCAAAAUUCUGUUUAUAUCUAUCUAUCUUAUUCUGUAUCUAUCUUUCUAUCUAUCUAUCAAAUUCUUCUUUUAUAUCUAUCUAUCUUAUUCUGUUUCUAUCUUUUCAUCUAUCUAUCAAAUUCUUGUUUAUAUCUAUCUAUCUUAUUCUGUUUCUAUCUUUCUAUCUAUCUAUCAAAUUCUGUUUAUAUCUAUCUAUCUUAUCCUUAUCUUUUAUCUCUAUCUAUUUCUAUCUAUCUCUCUAUCUUUAUAUCUAUCUAUCUAUCUUCUACAUUAUUCUGUUUCUAUCUAUCAAAUUCUGUUUAUAUCUAUCUAUCUUAUUCUGUUUCUUUUUCUAUCUAUCUAUCAAAUUCUGUUUAUAUCUAUCUAUCUUAUUCUGUUUCUAUCUUUCUAUCUAUCUAUCAAAUUCUGUUUAUAUCUAUCUAUCUUAUUCUGUUUCUAUCUUUCUAUCUAUCUAUCAAAUUCUGUUUAUAUCUAUCUAUCUUAUUCUGUAUCUAUCUAUCUAUCAAAUUCUGUUUAUAUCUAUCUACCUUAUUCUGUUUCUAUCUAUCUAUCAAAUUCUGUUUAUAUCUAUCUAUCUUAUUCUGUUUCUAUCUUUCUAUCUAUCUAUCAAAUUCUGUUUAUAUCUAUCUAUCUUAUUCUGUUCUAUCUUUCUAUCUAUCUAUCAAAUUCUGUUUAUAUCUAUCUAUCUUAUUCUGUUUCUAUCUUUCUAUCUAUCUAUCAAAUUCUGUUUAUAUCUAUCUAUCUUAUUCUGUUUCUAUCUUUCUAUCUAUCUAUCAAAUUCUGUUUAUAUCUAUCUAUCUUAUUCUGUUUCUAUCUAUCUAUCAAAUUCUGUUUAUAUCUAUAUUCUGAUUCUAUAUAUCAAAUUCUGUUUAUAUCUAUCUAUCUUAUUCUGUUUCUAUCUUUCUAUCAAAUAUCUGUUUAUAUAUCUAUCUUCUUCAUAUCUAUCUUUUCUAUCUAUCUAUAUUCUGUUUAUAUCUAUCUAUCUUAUUCUAUUCUAUCUUUUCUAUCUAUCUAUCAAAUUCUGUUUAUAUCUAUCUAUCUUAUUCUGUUUCUAUCUUUCUAUCUAUCUAUCAAAUUCUGUUUAUAUCUAUCUAUCUUAUUCUGUUUCUAUCUAUCUAUCAAAUUCUGUUUAUAUCUAUCUAUCUUAUUCUGUUCUAUCUUUCUAUCUAUCUAUCAAAUUCUGUUUAUAUCUAUCUAUCUUAUUCUGUUUCUAUCUUUCUAUCUAUCUAUCAAAUUCUGUUUAUAUCUAUCUAUCUUAUUCUGUUUCUAUCUUUCUAUCUAUCAAAUUCUGUUUAUAUCUAUCUAUCUUAUUCUGUUUCUAUCUUUCUCUAUCUAUCUAUCAAAUUCUGUUUAUAUCUAUCUAUCUUAUUAUGUUUCUAUCUAUCUAUCAAAUUCUGUUUAUAUCUAUCUAUCUAUCUAUCUUAUUCUGUUUCUAUCUCUCUAUCUACCUAUCAAAUUCUGUUUAUAUCUAUCUUAUUCUGUUUCUAUCUAUCUACCUAUCAAAUUCUGUUUAUAUCUAUCUUAUACUGUUUCUCUUCUAUCAAAUUGUUUUAUCUCUAUCUACCUUAUUUUGUUUCUAUCUAUCUAUCUAUCAAAUUCUGUUUAUAUCUAUCUAUCUUAUUCUGUUUCCUCUUUCUAUCUAUCUAUCAAAUUCUGUUUAUAUCUAUCUAUCUUAUUCUGUUUCUAUCUUUUCAUCUAUCUAUCAAAUUCUGUUUAUCUAUCUAUCUUAUUCUGUUUCUAUCUAUCUAUCAAAUUCUGUUUAUAUCUAUCUAUCUUAUUCUGUUUAUCUUUCUAUCUAUCAAAUUCUGUUUAUAUCUAUCUAUCUUAUUCUGUUUCUAUCUUUCUAUCUAUCUAUCAAAUUCUGUUUAUAUCUAUCUAUCUUAUUCUGUUUUUCUUUCUAUCUAUCUAUCAAAUUCUGUUUAUAUCUAUCUAUCUUAUUCUGUUUCUAUCUUUCAUCUAUCUAUCAAAUAUCUAUCUUAUUCUGUAUCUAUCUUAUCUAUCUAUCAAAUUCUGUUUAUAUCUAUCUCUAUCUUAUUCUGUUUCCAUCUUUCUAUCUAUCUAAAAUUCUGUUUAUAUCUAUCUAUCUUAUUCUGUUUCUAUCUUUCUAUCUAUCUAUCAAAUUCUGUUUAUAUCUAUCUAUUGAUAUUCUAUUUUCUGUCUUCUGUUUAUAUCUAUCUAUCUUAUUCUGUUUCUAUCUUUCUAUCUAUCUAUCAAAUUCUGUUUAUAUCUAUCUAUCUUAUUCUGUUUCUAUCUAUCUAUCAAAUUCUGUUUAUAUCUAUCUAUCUUAUUCUGUAUCCAUCUUUCUAUCUAUCUAUCAAAUUCUGUUUAUAUCUAUCUAUCUUAUUCUGUUUCUAUCUUUCUAUCUAUCUCAAAUUCUGUUUAUAUCUAUCUAUCUUAUCUAUCUAUUUCUAUCUUUCUAUCUAUCUAUCAAAUUCUUCUAUCUUAUUCUGCCACUAUCUUUCUAUCUUCUAUCAAAUUCUGUUUAUAUCUAUCUAUCUUAUUCUGUUCUGUUUCUAUCUAUCUAUCAAAUUCUGUUUAUUAUCUUAUUCUGUUUCUAUCUUUCUAUCUAUCUAUCAAAUUCUGUUUAUAUCUAUCUAUCUUAUCUAUCUUUCUAUCUAUCUAUCAAAUUCUGUUUAUAUCUAUCUAUCUUAUUCUGUUUCUAUCUUUCUAUCUAUCUAUCAAAUUCUGUUUAUAUCUAUCUAUCUUAUUCUGUCUAUCUUUCUAUCUAUCUAUCAAAUUCUGUUUAUAUCUAUCUAUCUUAUUCUUUCUAUCUUUCUAUCUAUCUAUCAAAUUCUGUUUAUAUCUAUCUAUCUUAUUCUGUUUCUAUCUUUCUAUCUAUUCAAAUUCUGUUUAUAUCUAUCUAUCUUUAUUCUUCUAUCUUUCUAUCUAUCUAUCAAAUUCUGUUUAUUCUAUCUGUAUCUAUCAAAUUCUUUUAUCUAUCUAUCUAUCUCACUUCUGUUUAUAUCUAUUAUCUAUCUAUUCUGUAUUCUAUCUAUCUAUCAACCUGUUUUAAAUCUAUCUAUCUAUCUAUCUUUCUAUCUUUGUUUCUAUCUAUCUAUCUUCUUCUAUUUAUAUUCUUUCUAUCUAUCUAUCAAAUUCUGUUUAUAUCUAUCUAUCUUUUAUUCUUUUCUAUCUAUCUAUCUAUCAAAUUCUGUUUAUAUCUAUCUAUCUUAUUCUUAUCUAUCUUUCUUUAUCUAUCUAUCUUCUCUAUCUACCUAUCUAUCUAUCUACCUCUAUCUAUCAAAUUCUGUUUAUAUCUAUCUAUCUUAUUCUAUCUAUCAAAUUCUGUUUAUCUUCUAUCUUAUUCUGUUUCUAUCUUUCUAUCUAUCUAUCAAAUUCUGUUUUUCUAA